AAGAAGAUGACGAACAUAAACAGUAUUGUAGGUUAAGUCGGUUAAUUGCUGAUAAAAUUCCAUUCAUUCUAUAAGUAGUAAAAAGUAUUAUUAGGCAGUGAUAACAGCAAAAUGGAAACGGAUAAAUUAACUCUGAUAAGGCAGCGACCAUCAAAGUUCAGUAAAAUAAAGGAAUUAGAUUUUUUCCCAAAGUUAGAUGAAACGUAUAAGGAAACAUCACCUGUAGGAGGAAUGGUAUCAGUAGUAUGCUUUGGAAUCAUCUUUUGGCUCAUAUACUCAGAGAUAAAUUAUUAUCUGCAUAGUAAACUAAUCUUUAAAUUCUCACCAGAUACUGACUUUGAUGCUAAAUUAAAAUUAAACGUUGACAUUACAGUAGCAACUCCUUGCCAUGCUAUUGGUGCUGAUGUAGUAGAUGAUACAAGCGAACACAUUAUAACAACUGAUUUCAUUAAAGAGGAAGAUACAUGGUUUGAAUUGUCCCCUAAUCAAAGGCAAUACUUUGAUCAUAAAAAUUUUAUGAACAGUUAUUUAUGUGAAGAGUAUCAUGCAGUGCAGGAUCUUUUAUGGAGGAGCGAAUUUUCUUCUGUGUAUAGUGACAUGCCUGAAAGAGAGGAUAAGCCUAAAAGGCCUCAUGAUGCCUGUAGAAUUCAUGGAUCUUUGAUUUUAAACAAAGUUGAGGGUCUAUUUCACAUAAUAGCAGGGAGAACUGUAGAGUUGCCAAGAGGUCACCUUCAUCUUAAUAUAUUUGAUUCGAAUUUUAAUUUUAGUCAUAGGAUAAAUAGGCUUAGCUUUGGGGAUCCAAGUCCAGGAAUUGUCCAUCCUUUAGAAGGGGAUGAGCAAAUAACUGAGCAGAGAAAUACUCUGUAUCAGUAUUUUAUUGAAGUAGUUCCUACAAAUAUUCAGACUUUUAUGUCCAAUAUGGACACAUUUCAAUACAGUGUAAAGUCACUCACUCGAGAAAUAAAUCAUGAUUCGGGGAGUCAUGGUGUACCAGGGAUUUUCAUUAAAUAUGAUAUGUCUAGUCUUAAGGUAACUGUUCGACAAGAACGAGAUCAUUUGGGGAUGUUUUUAGCUAGAUUGUGUUCUGUAGUCGGUGGAGUUUAUGUUUGUUCAGGAUUCAUAAAUGCACUGCUACAAUUCCUGGCAAAUAUAAUUUUGUGUAAAUGGGAAUUUAAAAAGGUAACUGAUGUAAAUGAAAAGCCAAAGUCAGUAUUUCAUCAAAACAUAUCAACGCAUGCAUCUAAUAACACGAAAACGUUGGAGGUGUAUUAAUGUCUUGAAUUUAUUUAAUUAAUUAUAUUAAUUAUGUAAGCAUCACAUUACAACAGGACUUGUUUUACAUUCUCUUUUUGUUUG